AUGGCGUCGUUUGUACUGGAGUUGUGGGAGCUGAUAUUCACUCCCGGCACUAACGGAGCGCUUUUGGUGGCGACCCACGCGCUGUUUGUCCUUUUGCUUACGUUGUUGGCAGCACUCACGUGGUACCUGGGGCUGAUCCACUUCCUCAACCUCUUGGUGAUUGCCAGUGUGUUGUACGGGCUUGUCAUCUGGUUUAUCGGCGAGUUGCGCCAAGCGAAGUUGAAGACGAACGAGGAGUUGAAGCUCGAGAGCGACGCGAACGCUGACGACAAACCGGUGGAGGAGAAGACAGCGGAGACUAAAUUGGCGUCGGGUGUCACUACUACCACCACGCCAACUCCAGCCGCCGCCACCAAACGGAAAGUGUAG